GCUUGGCGGCGUGAUGGCGAAAGUGGUGCGACAGAGCUCGAGGACGAGAGCGGUAAAGAAAAAAGGUGUGAAAGGCGUCGCUGCUCGGAAAGGUGUGCUGCCAUGUUCGCUGAACGCUGUGAUGAUGCCCACAGAGAAGGUGAAACAGUCCAAGUGCCCCGGGGUUAACAACCGGAUGAAAAAGUGCCGUGGGAAGAAAGUCAGCGAGGUGCUGUGGAAGAUGGAAUAUGCACAUCCAAACAAGUCUCCAGACCGACUGUUGAGAUACAGCUUGUUGGACUUGCGUUACGACCUCUUGCGCGGCUACCUCAAGCUGUCGAGCACCACACCAACCUCCCCAGCCAAGACCAAGUUGCCCCAGGUGGCCCAGGUGGCCAAGGUGCCCAAGGUGCCCAAGGUGAAGGGAACGAAGGCCAAGGCAUCCAAGGCAUCCAAGGCAUCCAAGGCAUCCAAGGCUUCCAAGGGCAAGUUGAAGGGCGACCUGCCAUGCCCUGGCGCCUGGCUGAUGAUCACCACAGGGAAGACGGCAAAGUGUGAAGGGAUCCGCAACCGCAUGCGCAAGUGCCAAGGGCAUCCCGUGGAGGAGGUGGUGGGUAAGAUGAGCUACAAACAUCCUGCGAAGUGCCCUGAUGUUUUCAUCACCUACAGCUUGAUGGACCUCAAUUACGACAUACUGCGCAACUACGUGACCCUCAAAGCUCCUGGAAGGACCGGACGCUCGGCGCCGAAGGCUAAGCCAGCGAAGCCUUCGGCGGCAGCGAUGCCGUCUACGACCAGCGAGCCUAAGGGCAUCAUGGUUCCCACUGGGAAGGUGGCAAAGUGCAGUGGCAUCAAUGCCAGGAUGGCUAAGGUGAAGGGCCUUGAAGUGGAGCAAGCGAUUGGAAAGAUUAAGUACCAGGGCCCCAAAGGUUUCGUGACCUACAGCACCAAAGAUCUGGUGCACGACCUGCUUUGUGGCUACCUUCGGCUCCAAAAGGCGCGAAAGGCGAGAGGCGCCGCCGCCGCACCCAAGACGCUGACGCGUGGCAGGAAGAAUCAGGUAGUGAAAGACGCCCCACCCAAAGUCGCCCGACCACGAGGCAAACGUGGUGGCUUGUCCGUUCUGGAGUUGAGAAAGAGGCUGAAAGCCUUGGGGCUUAAAGUGGUUGGCACAAAGGCAGAAUUGGAAGCACGCUACCAGGCUGGUCAAGUGGCAGAUGCCGUUGAUGUGGAGGCACCUCAAAGCAUGCCGGAGGAACUCGCGCCACCGUACGAUAGCACAAAUCUGGCGAAACAUCCACGGGCCAGUCAAGAGGCGAAGACCUGAGAAGCCAGCUGGCAAUCCUCCGCCCGAAUGGCCCGACUCAUAGGUGAUGGAAUUGUCGAUGGCCUGAUUGGAACGAAGAAGUUUUGGAUGCCGAUGAUCCGAUGGAUGGAUCAUUGCCGUAGGAUUGAGUGUUUCAAUGCAUUGCACUCAGAAAUUUGCAGAUUUAGGGCAUGUCGUUGUUUAUUUAUGUUUAAGAUAUCCAGAUGAGCUGUGGCCAUUCACCCUAAAAGUUGUUUCGCUGCGUUACCAGC